AUGCUCUCCUGUGCCCCAUUCAAUAAACUGAUUUACCCAACGGCCGCGGAUGUCUCCGCCAUGGCCAGCGCCAAAGCGACCCCCGUUGCCGUUGGCCUCACCACCCUGUCCCUGCCCACGGGCCCGGCGGGGGGCAGCGGUGCGCCGAGCGAGACGCAGAGCGAAAUCUCCUCGGUGGACAGCGACUGGAGCGACAUACGGGCCAUUGCAUUAAAAUUGGGCGUACAAAAUCCGGACGAUCUGCACACGGAGCGCUUCAAGGUUGAUCGACAGAAACUGGAACAGUUGAUAAAGGCGGACAGCGCCAUUGAGGGCAUGAACGGGGCGGAGUAUUUCUUUGAUGAUAUCAUGAACACCACGGAUACAUAUGUGAGCUGGCCUUGCAGACUGAAGAUCGGCGCCAAAAGCAAGAAGGAUCCACAUGUGCGGAUUGUGGGCAAGGUGGAGCAGGUUCAACGUGCCAAGGAUCAUAUUCUAGGCAGUCUUGACUCCAGGGGCACUCGCGUGAUUAUGAAAAUGGAUGUUAGCUAUACGGAUCACUCGUAUAUCAUUGGACGCGGCGGCAACAAUAUUAAACGCAUCAUGGACGACACGCACACGCACAUACAUUUCCCGGACUCGAAUCGUUCGAAUCCAACGGAAAAAUCAAACCAGGUGUCGCUGUGCGGCAGCCUGGAGGGCGUGGAGCGUGCCCGUGCUUUGGUGAGACUAUCGACGCCGCUGCUCAUCUCCUUUGAGAUGCCCGUCAUGGGGCCGGGCAAGCCGCAGCCGGAUCACGAGACGCCGUACAUCAAAAUGAUUGAGAGCAAAUUCAAUGUGCAGGUCAUAUUCUCAUCGCGACCCAAGCUGCACACAUCCCUGGUGCUGGUCAAGGGCUCCGAGAAGGAAUCUGCGCAGGUGCGCGAUGCCACGCAGCUGCUGAUCAAUUUCGCUUUUGAGAGCAUUGCGAGUCAAAUUCUUGUGAAUGUGCAAAUGGAAAUAUCGCCGCAACAUCAUGAGAUUGUCAAGGGCAAGAACAAUGUAAAUCUAUUGAGCAUCAUGGACCGCACACAGACCAAAAUCAUUUUUCCUGAUCUGACUGAUAUGAAUGUUAAGCCGCUGAAGAAAUCACAGGUGACAAUCAGCGGACGCAUCGACGAUGUCUAUAGGGCGCGACAACAGUUGCUCGGCAACAUGCCCGUCGCAUUGAUAUUUGACUUUCCGGACAAUCAGACCGAUGCAUCCGAAAUAAUGGGACUCAAUAUCAAAUAUGGUGUCUAUAUAACACUGCGCCAGAAGCAGCGACAGAGCACCUUAGCGAUCGUCAUCAAGGGCAUUGAGAAAUUUAUCGAUAAAAUCUAUGAGGCACGCCAGGAGAUACUACACCUGGCAACGCCCGUCAUCAAGCCGGAGAUACCCGAUCAUUAUUAUAUGCCCAAGGACAAGGAUGUGAGUCUGGCGUAUCGUUCACAGUUGACGGCUUUGCUUGCGGGUUAUCCGGAUAGUCCGAAGACGCCCUCGUUGUUGCCCCCAACAAUGGGUGGCCAGUUGACGCCGUAUGGCAAUAAGGCUCACAUGCUGCUCGCUGCGGGCGUUGGCCUGGCCACGCCCACCGGCAUAUGUGCGCCCACGCAGAAGUAUUUGCAGCUGCACAAUAGCAGCUAUCAGCCGCGCCAGGUGUCGACCAUGAACAAUCUGAACAAUUGCAGCAACAACAACAGCAACAACAACAAUAACAACUGCAGCAGCAACAACAACAACAACAACAUCAGCAACAAUAACAAUAACAUCAACAACAACAACAACAACUAUCUGCAAGUGCCCGGCAGCGGUCUGCUGAAGCCGCCGCCCGCUCCGAUGCCUGCAUCGAACGUUGGCCCACCGCCCACAGUGGGCGUGAAUCUGUCGCCGCGGAACAGCUGCAGCCAAAAUACCAGCGGCUAUCAGAGCUUCAGCAGCAGCACCACCUCACUGGAGCAAUCGUAUCCGCCCUAUGCCCACGUACAGGCGGCCGUAUCAUCGACCUCCUCCUCAUCAGCGGGCGCCAAUCGGGCGCACUAUUCGCCGGACUCGACAUACAGCAGCGAGGCGGGCAGCAUUGCGGGCGCCGCCGCCCGGCUGGGCCGGCGCCUCAGCGAUGGAGUGCUGCUGGGUCUGGGCAAUGCCACGGCGGGCGGGGGGGCACAUCUGUUGCCCGGCAGCGCCGAAAGCUAUCGCAAUCUGCACUAUGACCUGGCCGCAGCAGCUGGCAAACAGCAGCUGCAGCAACAGCAGCAGCAGCAACAGCAGCAACAGCAGCAGCAGCAUCAGCAGCAACAGCAGCAACGCGCAUUCGAUUUUGAUAUGAAACGUGCGCUCGGUUUUAAGGCCAUGGAGAGGACUCCGGUCGCCGGUGAGCUGCGCACCCCAACCCCGGCCUGGCUGGGCAUGGGCCUAAGUCGCACGUCGCCGGCUCCGAUCGAGACGGUCGACGAUGGCGUUGGCAAUGCCAAUGGCUGGCGCAUGCCGGCCCCACCGCCGGGCCUGGGCUCGCCCUACGGACUGAGCGCGACAACGGGCCUGCUGGAUGCAACGCCCGUCAGUCGGCGCAUGCAACUCUCACAACACAAGGAUAUACACACCCUACUGACAAGCCUCGGCCUGGAGCAUUACAUAAAAAUUUUCGUGCUGAACGAAAUCGAUUUGGAAAUGUUCUCGACCCUGACCGAGGAGAAUCUCAUGGAGCUGGGCAUUACCGCGUUUGGAGCUCGCAAGAAGCUGCUGGCGGCCAUUCAUACGCUUCUGGCCAACGAAGCCGCCUGCAGUAGUAUGCCCAGCAGCAGCUCCUCGCAGAGCUCCUCGCCGCGAUUCUCCGGCAGCGCUGCGCCCGGAGCUGAGCGUCGCCCCUCGAAUCAGUGGUAAUAUGCUGUGGAUGGUGUUGGUUUAUCCAUGAUUAUGAGAAGUAGCUGAAAAUAAAAAAAGUACUACAAAAACCCCAAAAAAAAAAAAACAAAAAAAACCAAAAAAACUAAAAAAAAAAAAUUAAGAAAACUUUAAUAAUAGCUAAAAAAUAAUGCCUACACUCAACUCAUUUAUUUAUUCAACGUAAUCCUAAGGUCGCUUGGGGCAUUGAAAAUUGUAACAACAAAUGCGAGAUCCACAAAAAAAAAAACAACAAAAAAAAAUACAAACAUAAACAUAAUAAAAAAAAAAAUAAA